CGUCACUGCUGAUUUCCACCAGUCCACCUCUGUGAGUGAGACGGGACACAAAGGUAACGUCAUGCAUGACUCCACCAUACAGCCCUGAUGGAGACCCGCACCUGGGGUCAGGGGUCACGGCUUCACCCGAGGCCAGAUCUCGAGCGGUCAGCGUGAUCUGGCACACUUCAGACGCAGACAUGAACCGUCAUCCCCCAUCAGCCCCUGCUGCAGCGGUGUCUGAUUCACUCUCAGCGAGCUCCAGCCCUCCUCUGGUGUCUGUGCUGUUUGUGGCCACAGCUUCAGUCGUGGUGAUUCUGCCCCCUGAACAAACAGCCACAGCGCCUUCAUGUGGUUUGAAGUUUACCACCAUCGCUCACGCUCCAGCCCGCGACUCGUCCGCAAACAGAGCCGUCCCGUCACGGCCCCGCGAUCACGUCUGCACUCAUCCCGACUGUGGGAAAAUAUACUUCAAAAGCUCCCACCUUAAAGCACACCUGAGAACACACACAGGAGAGAAGCCGUUCAGGUGCUGCUGGGACGGCUGCUUGCGGCGUUUUGCCAGAUCUGAUGAACUGUCUCGUCAUCGCCGCACGCACACAGGAGAGAAGCGUUUCUCCUGCCCCGUUUGCCACAGCCGCUUUGUGCGCAGCGACCACCUGGCAAAACACACGCGCCGCCAUCUAACAGCCAGGAGAACGGCAGUGUGGCAGAAGGAGGUUUACCGUCUGAACAGCAUCAGUGCUGUCUGUCACCUGCAGCCUCUGGCACCUAAAACUCAGAGCUGACAGUCAUCACACCUGUACUCGUUUAACUGUUUAUAUAUAUACACUACUGCUCCAACGUUUGGAAUCAUUAGGAGUUUUUAA